AUGCCUUCGAAACAUACGGAGAAAAAGAAGAUUUUCAGUCAACAGAGACCUACUUUUGAAAUCAAUACGCCGAAAGUAAGGAAGUCUCAAUUUGUUUCCCAAACAGAAGAUCAGGAGAAGACGCUGAAUGAUGUCCUUGAGAACAUGCAUUUUAAAGGGCUUCUGAAAAACAACUCCAUCAAGGAGCCUGUUUCCUGUCAAUCAAUCGGCCUCUUUUCGGGAAACAGGUUGAUUAACAAUAGUCCACCUAUUGUACUCAUAAAACCUCGACAUGAUCCACAUCUGCUACUGCAAGAGAAGUUUGCACCCGUGUUUCAGGAGGGAAGCUUGAACUCGGAAACUAUGCUUAGAAAGUCGAAAGUAAACGUCGGUAAAAUGAGUAGGAGAGUGGAAGCUAAAGAAACUCCUGUGAAGAGACAUAUCCGGCAGGAAGAUGGAAAAGACAGACAAGUAAAGGAGACCAGAGCAGUGACAAAGCAAGUGAAGAUUAAACAAAGCUUUCCUACUAAGGUGAAAUGUUCGAGUUCUAUAACUCGGGCAUCGCUGAAGAAAAUGCCCACUCCAAAGAACAUCAACAUGAUGCCAAAGCCUAUGAUAGGAAGCAGGAAACCAGUUGAAAAGGAAAUUGCUAAAGCAAAGAACUUAUCAAGGUCUAAAGAUCAAGCCAAGGUUGCCCCUCGAAAGCUCUGUAAACCUGAAAACCCAUCAAAUGUUACAAAGAAUAAAAUUUUGCAUCAACCAAGUGCAACCGCAAACGAAGUUGCAAACUCCAACUUGGUCAACUUGGUUUGCAGACCACAAAGUACAGUUCGUGGCCCUAUUGAUGAGAAAAAGAGUUCAACAAAGAAGGCAUUGACCAAGGCUACGAUAGCUAAAAUAUCUGAUCGAAACGUUAUUAAAUGCAGUUUAGCUUCUGUGCAGACUGAAAAGUUACAAUGCAAAGGAGAUAAGGUUGUUUUGGAAGGAAAGAAGAUUGUUCUUGUAUCUGAAAAUGAUACUGUUUUGGAAGAAAAGAGCAUUGAUAUUGCAUCAAAUAAUGAUACAGUUUUGGAAGGAAAGGGGUUUGUUCACGAGCUGGAAAAUAAUACCAUUGUCGAAGGAUACGGCGCUGAAACCGCAGAGGAACUUUCAACAGAAGAGGGAACAGAGCACACCGAUAUUCAGAUUGGAGAGCACUGCAGUGAGAGUUAUGUUUGUGAUGUCACCCUGGUUACAACCGAUGAUCAAAACAGCAGAAAAUCUUUUGACGAAGUCGAUGAUGAUCAUCCCAUAACUCCCAUCGGAGCCAACAGUGAAAGCUUCACGAAAAGGAUCAAUCUAAAGGCAUUGCUAUUGAGCAGUCCAGCUUUUAUGAAUCAUGUAGAUGAGCUUUUCGAUCUUCACGUGGAUGUUCCUAUAGCUUCACAAAAAUUUGGCAUUGGUGACUUCUCAGAUGCCGACUCACGAUUUUCCUUUGACUGUGCAAAGGAAAUUGUUCAACGGAAAAGCCAUCCCAAUUCUCGAAUGCUCCUCCCUCCUUGGUUAAGCCUGGUUGGAGACACCAAAAUGCAUCUCUCUCUAGAUCAUUUGUUAAAGGAAACUUGCGACGGUGUCGAAGAUCUGAGAAGGUAUAGUGAAAUUUCCGGAAAAAACUACCCCACCGUUCGCCUUUAUGCAAUGAUGGAAAGAGAUAUAAACCACAGUGAAGCUUUGAGUGGAAUAUGGGACUUGGGUUGGAAGAAAAGAUUCUCAGUGGAUGACACAAUACAAGUAGUAGAAGACAUAGAAAAGGAACUAUUAAGAGGAUUAAUUGCAGAGAUUUGUUCAUAAACCUUCAAAA